GUCGGUCAUGUGAUCUGCUGCUGUUCAGUAAGUUCGCCCCCUGGCGGUGAUCUGCGGUAGUGCGCAUGUCACGAGUGACAGCGACAAUAACACGGAAGCUGGAGCUGUGACUGUAGUACCCGGUACUGGUGCAGAUUUAACUGCUGAAAACAGCUGCUGUUGGCUCUGGGGAUAUUUUCCGUGUCCCACGGUUUGGGCAUCUCUUUGGAUAUUUGUAAUACCUGUUGUCAGGAUAUUUUGCUGCAUCAUCAUAAAUCUGGAACAUGGACAAAUGUAAACAGUUUUGCACUAAGGGACUCACUGAGUCAGAAGAAGACAUUGUUCCUAAUGGGCAAACCAAAGCUUCUUUCCAUUGAGAACUACUAAACAAGCACCUGCGAUGAAUAUGUAUCAGAUCUCUGUCAUCCCUGCACGUGAAGUUCAUUCUUAUAAACUCCAGAAAAGCAAAGUCAAGUGCAAAGAGGAGCAGAAUGAAAAGACAUUGGGGCACUCACUGAGCCGUUCCAGUAACAUCUCUAAGGCUGGAAGCCCAACAUCAGUUACAGCUCCAAGCAGCUUUCCAAGGACAUCAGUGACUCCAUCAAGCCAAGAUAUCUGCAGCUCCAGUGCUGUAUUUUCUGAAUGUUCUCUUCAAAGUCCAGUGCAGUCUGCUGUUGUUUUGAAAAACCCUCAAUGCCAGAGUUCUAGGACACCAGAGGUCACUGUCACCAUAAUCUGCCAGGAUAAUUUCCCAAAGAAACAUUUCAGUGCUCAGGGCAGCUCCUUCAAAUCAUCAAGGACCAGCCGUGCCUUUCCCUUCUCACAAUCCCUUAAUGAUGUGGACAAGAAGGAUGCACACAUGACCAGUGAAUACGUGGAGCGGACAUGCUCAGAAGGAAAAUUACUUCCUGCAGAGGAACACAGCUUUGGGAAGAAGAUGUUCCAAUUCCAGGAAAAUGUAACAAAACAGACCAGUCUUAAUUCAGUGAAGAAACCUUGUGUAGCUAAUGGACAAUGUGCUUCCUCAAACCCAUCAAGUUUAUCUGGCAUGGACAGCAGUCCUCUAUCCUUGUGCAUACCUCUGAUGGAUGAGAAACUAGACAGUGACUCCUCAAAAAGUAAAACAUUGCUCCACUACAUAUUUUCUUUUUCCCAAAGCUCAAGUGUCCAUAGUGUCCACAGAUUCCAGGAGCUGGAUAGCUGCCCAAGAUGCCUUUGUGCAGGAACAUCUUCAAGUGUUCUUCUGGGGAGCAGAGAUUUCUUUUCUGAUGAUCUGGGAGAUGAUGAUGUGUUUGAGGACUAUCCCUCUGAAGGACAAGACACUCAGGAACAACGGGCUCCCUUGUGUUCACUAGAUGACAGUGACCUUGAUUGUCCUACUCCCCUUUCAAAAAAAAUCCCCCCAGCAUCUCCUGUUUCAGCAUCUGGGGAUCUAUGCAGGAUAUGUCACUGUGAGGGGGAUGAUGAGAAUCCACUAAUUACCCCGUGCCACUGUUCUGGAAGUCUUCAUUUUGUGCACCAGGCCUGUCUCCAGCAAUGGAUCAAGAGUUCAGAUACACGAUGCUGUGAACUCUGCAAGUUUGAGUUCAUUAUGGAAACCAAAUUAAAACCCCUAAGAAAAUGGGAGAAGCUGCAGAUGACAUCCAGUGAAAGAAGAAAAAUAAUGUGCUCAGUGACGUUCCACAUCAUCGCUAUCACCUGUGUGGUCUGGUCUUUGUAUGUUCUUAUAGACCGGACGGCAGAGGAGAUCAAAUUGGGCCAAACCACCGGUAUUCUGGAGUGGCCGUUCUGGACUAAGUUAGUGGUGGUAGCAAUUGGCUUUACUGGUGGACUUUUGUUUAUGUAUGUGCAGUGCAAAGUCUAUGUCCAGCUGUGGAAGAGACUAAAGGCCUAUAACAGGGUCAUUUAUGUACAGAACUUUCCGGAUACUUGUAAAAAGAAACUCUUUGAAAAGACAAUAAUAAUUGAGCCAAAUCUGGAAAGUAAAGAACCACCUGGAAUUCACCACUCGGACACAAAUUCAUCUUACUACACAGAUCCAGAGGAUUGUGGGGCCGCAAUCCUGCAAGUCUAAACUUUGUUUUCCAGUUCUUUUACAUAGACAAUUGCUUACUGACUGCGGGCAGCAGAAGAUGAUGUCAUCACAUCUCAUUCGUUUCCUCUUUUCUAUCCACUCCACAUACAGACGUUUCUGUCCUUUCUUGUUUCAACGUUUUAUACCUCCUUCAGAUGAUCAGUGGAUACCUCCUUCAGUGAAGUGGAAACAUUUCAGGGACCUGCAUUAAAUCCACGAUCAAACAAUAAUCAGUUUGUGUAGAAGAGAAAUGUUUGUGGAUCAAAAGACAGUUAGUGAAUAUAGUAUCUGGUUCACUAAAUCCUAUUUUUCUGGGUUUGUUAAUAAGGACUGCAAUGGAAAUAAUGUUUUGUAGAGAAGGACGGUUGCACAAUAUAAGAUGUUGACCACUGUUCCUACUGCCAAUAACAUUCUUUUAGGCAUUGAGUUCACAGUUUUGCUUUACAUUUGAAUCACAAGAGCAUCAAGCACUUUUUUGAAGAUGUUUUUUGUAAAACUUAUGCCAGUUGGGACAAUUGCUUAGUUACUGGUCAGAGAACGUGCUGUGUUUCCUUUCUUGUGUAACCUCUUGCCUUACAUGCUGUAUAUACAAAAUGUCAUUUUACACGUAAGGAAAACGAUCUCUGCCUUGUUAUUUCAGGAAUAAUACAUCUGUAAGUAGCUGACAUUUACCCUUUUUCUACUGGAUGGAUUCAAGAAUUUUUUUACUGAGGAAAAAAUCUGCACAUAUUGGUAGAACUUGAUUUCCUUGAGUAAUUAUGAAUAAAAAUGCAAACUUUUUUCCUAAAUUAAAAUUGUUAGUGUGUUGAGAAGAACUUGUUUAGUGAAUAGAGUAGGUUGUGAGUAAAUCACAGGCUAGCGCUAGAAUACCAUUUGUUCACAACUUCUAAAGUUAGUUGCUAAAUAUUUCUUGUCAUUAAUUACCGCAGAGAAAUUCUGUAUCUGUAGACUCAACAAAAACAUCUGGAACCAAAGGUAAAACGUUAGUAAAUGACCAUAAGUUAUCAGGUUUUGCCUUAAACAUAUUCUGGGGUCUCUUCAGUGACACUGCCCUACAACCUGGUAGGAUAAAGUAUUUGUCACACUUAGUAUUAACUGUAGUGACUUAUAAUACAAUAUCUUACAGUAGAAUAAAUACUCUGGCUUUAUGUCUUAUUAACAGUGAACUGCUCACACUAUGUACUGUUCCUCAAUUGUACAAAAGCCUAAUAUGAUUGGGAUGCAAAAAAAUAAAGAAUGAUAUUUUGUUCCUGCACCUCCAAGGUGGCAGAUCCCUCUGAA